ACAACAAACUUUGAAAAUGAAGGAACCUACUCCAGUGAAGUUGUCCUCCUGCAAAUCGUACCAGAAAAUUCUAAAAUGCACCGUUUACUUGGACAUACAUUCUAUCACCUGCCCUGGGGCGUUGUUGACCCGAUCAGAAGAUAUCUACCUCAGCGUGUGUGUCAUGGGUCAAUACAGGAAGACCCACUGCAUGCCUGCUAUCUUCCCUCUGCUCUUCAACCACAAGAUGGUCUUUGUCAGGACUUUCCCCGGUGUGGUUGACCCGGCUGAUGUUUCGGAACAACUGGAAUCUGACACCUCGACUUUGGAGCUGAUUCAGAUGGUCCCUCCAGAGGGUGAGAUCCUGGCCACGGUGGAGGAGGGCACCCGAGACUUUGUCUUCCCGGGGCCCCGGCUGACUGCCAGCGAGGAGGCCCCUGAGAGACAGAUCUUGAUGAGGAAGAGCUCUUCGUUCCCUGGAAUCGCCCCCAUGGUGGAGUUCGCCACCACCGCUGUCAUCGAGGAGAUGGAUGGAGCGGACAGCCAGCCCGCCACACCUUUGUGUGGCCUCCACCCAGAGAGGUCUUCUCCUGCCCGCCCCAGACGUAGCCCGAGGAAAAAAACAACAAUGUCCCCGUCACUGCGCUCCAUGUCCCAACCUAGCUCUCCCGCCACUCUGCGGCGCACCCAAGGGGACCCUGGGAAACGGAGUCCUUCAAACAGAGCGAAAGAGAAGGAGAAAACGGGCGACUCCCUCGUGUCCACGGAGUCGCCCGGGACCUCCCCUCUUCCGGCGCCAACCAAACCCGUUUCCCCCCGUCGCCGUCGCCGAGGUUCCCAGAGGACCAGGCCGGGGCGAGGUCAGCUCAGGGGGCCUCCGCGCGCCGAGGCGUCCCCCCGGUACCAGCAGCCCACGGUGGCCUCUGUGUCACGCGCCCUGUCGCCCUACACCCACCGCCGGAUGUGCGAGCUCUCGGAGGACGCCCAGGCGCGGCUGGCCCACCUCCAGCUGGGGCCCCACCACUUCAGGAAGCAGACCCUGAGCCAGCCCCCCUUCCAGGUUCCGUUUCACAGCGAUGUUUCCUUCUCGGAGUCACCCUCCUACCAGCCUGUCUCUCCUACUAGAGAUAGCGUCCUGCAUCGCUUUGGCUCUGCCCGCUACACAGCAGAUCACCCUGUUAUUGCCCUAGAUUCGUCUUUGCUGGGAAGCUACCGGCCCGAGUUAGCUAAGUCGCAGUCAGGUUCAACGGCGACCGGGUUGUCCCCUGAGGCUCAGAGGAGUUGUCGCGGAGAGAAGGGUCGGACAGGGACCCCUGUGGAGAAGGCGUGGUCCAUCCCGGGGCCCUCUUCCUCCAGGAGCCCGCCGCCUCUGGGACACUCGUCUAUCCAAGAACGGUUGCACUGCAGUCCCUCCGGCCCAUCGCAGUGGGAGCAGAUCCACAGCCGGGUCCAGAGGAUUCUACAGACCCACGGAGCAAGUCCCAAACGCCUUACGGAGGAGGAGGAGAAGGAGGAGAGGCAAGAGAGGAGCGGGGGUUUCUGUGGUGGAGCUGACUGUGGCCCCCCGGUACCAGAGAACAGCGAUAGUCCAGGAGGAUGGGCUGGGGGGCUCUACGGCAGCAAACAGGGGUCCCGAGACGUCUUCCCCCGGCCUCACAGACUGGCCUUCGAGGAAAGCCUCGGAAAGAUCUACCAGAGUAUGUACCUGAAGGCCACCCAGGACGACUGACAGACCCCGACCACCGCCGGCUCAUGGAACAUCCCGGUUUCGACAGAAGACUGACGAAGGGAUGGCGAUGGAGCAAUAAACGUUUCCACUACACCUGCGUCAAGUCACUUUCGGUCCAGUAGGUUUGUGGUAGAAAACGCAGCUUUCAUCCCAUUUAGUUUGUAAAGAAAUACGACACUUUAACAGCAUUUAUCUCAUGUAACACCUUUAAGUAUUAGGGGCUCAACAUUGUUUUUUGUAGAUUGUGCAAUUAUGUUCGAGCUGAUGUUAAAACAUUUUUACAGGACCAUGUCUUUGAAAACCUCUGAAUUACAUGUAUAAUAGGCCAAAUCAUAGCAGACAAUAAAAAAUGCACACCUAAAAACUUUAUUGCAAGAUUGAUUAUUGGUGGCCAAACAUCCAGUUAAUACAGUACAAACGUUUCCAUUGAAUAAUCAUAUGAGUGUACAUAUUUUUAUUCAUUAAUAAAAAAUGCACUCAACUUAGUAAACCUGUGUACUUAAUACACAUGUUAGCAAUUAUUCAAUCCUGGAAGCAUGUAUCAUAUUCUUGAUGCUAAACACUCUUUAUAUUAUAUAGGACCCAGAAGGCUUAUGGCUAGGCCUCUCUUUGGGAGUCUGGUUUACAUUAUGAAUGAAGGCGUGAGAUAACUAUGAUCUGAAUGCCUGGACCCGCUCAGACCGCUGCUGGUUUCUUCUGACUAAACCUCUUCUUUUUAGAGCGGCCGGCAGCAGCCGCAGUCUUUUCGGCCAUGAUCUCCAGGUACUUCUUCUUGUUUUUCCUGGGGAUGGAGAGAAACAGACUAUCUUUAGAACAAGCUAAAAGAGGAGUAGACUGCAUGAGCAGAACAGGCCGGGCGUCUUUCUCAGGGACACAUGGUCUUUAUCGGCACAAUAUAAAACGUUUAAAUGCCUCUGAAAUCACCAGGUAUUCCAAAAUGAAAUGUUGCAUAUUACAUUAUAGAAACAUGUAUGGAGUUGGACAACAGGACAGGCGUGGCCAUGAAUAGGGUUCAACUUGGUAUAAAUCAGUGUUCCUCGGAUAAUAAGCCUACCGUCUGAACUCUGAGUCGGCCAUCAGCUCCUCCGCCAUAGUCCUCUUCCGAUCCUUCUUCGGAAGCCGGGAAUGAAAGAAGUCCACGUGGCUGUCCAUCACGGUAGCGACCUACCAUAACACAAGUUCAAACUCGUUCACUCACGACAUCAUGAGCACAACCUCAUGGUUUGAAUGAAGGCUGAUCAGACGAGCGCCGUGGGAAGACAAAACAAAAACUGAGGAGCACGGUGACAGGGAUGCGUGUACGAUAUUCCGAUACCAUUUUUCCUUCUCGAAACCCAUUCCUGAUCUUGAGUAUGGGCCGAUACAGAGUAUAUACAGCAUCAAGGAAUGUAACUACUAAGAGCACUUGUUCUGAUUGAAGGGUUCUCUUACGAUGACAGAAAUGU